UUUAUAAAAAAAACGUGUCUUCAUUUCUAACACGGGUACUUAUUGAACCGCCCUCGUACAUCAAUUUUGGAGCAGAUUCGGGGGGGGGGGCUCAUUUGGUCUGCCGGCCCGGACUUAGUCGGUCAUUACAUUACUUAAAUAUCUAUUAUAAGUAAUAGAAAAAAGUAAUACCGUAUACAUUUGAAAACGAUUAAAUAAAGGAAAAAACACAGUACGUUAACACUAUAAAGGCCUAUCUUAAAUUUCACUCGUUUCAAUUUUUCAAACAAAACAAUUUACUGAUUUUGUAAAAAACUUAAUGAAGUCCAAAUAUGACAAUUAUUGAUUUUUUCUUUACCAAACUCAAUGAUAGUUACCUUCAAAUACACCUACAAUUUACCUAUAAUAACAUAACUUAUGAUAAGUUACUUAUCAAUAAGUAAUUUACAAUAUUCAUAAUGAGAUCUUUUUGUUCUUUUUGAAAAUUACACAUAAAGCCCUUCAUAAAUGGGGAUCAGUUUCGCAUAGAAUUGAAUGUACGUACUUUGAAACGUGCGGUUUAUAUGAUAAGCCAGGACAACGGGCGUUGUUAGUCCUGACGUGGGCGAUGAUUCGGAGUCGAAACGACGUGAAGAGGCGCUUCUCCGGCGGGCGUCAAAGUCGUCAAUCUCCUCGUCUAGGAAUGUCGUCGUCGUCGUCAUUAAUGAAAUAUUCGUUGUGCCGUAAACGCCGCUGUUGCAUGUGCAAUAUCGAAAGCUGAGCUUAAUGGCAAAAUAAAACGACCAAAAUUAAAUUCCUGCAGAAUUAGCAACUAAGUCGCGCCAUUUUUAUUAUAAAACUCGAGUGGCUGAGUACAGUGGUAGGUGGGAAGCGGUUGGAAGCGCGACGCGCUCUCUUGGUGCAAGACACUGCGUCGCAUCCUGUCCUACACUAUCCUGUCCUAUCCUAUCUUGCAAUAAAUAGAACGAACGUCGUAAACGGCUAAUAUAACCGUCUUGGUAUUUGCCAAAUUGCUACAGAAGUAGUUACCGAAUACCUGCCAUCAAAACUCGCUUCCCCGGGUUAUUACCGCAUAAAACACGGCUCUAAACUGCACUCCUCACAUGCAUUCCCCCACUGCCAAAGUCGUAAAUGAUAUACCCUUUGCCCCGCACUGCCGAUGCAAUCCUGCACAAAACUUCACCUCACUUUGACUUUGCAAGACUGACAGUUGACUUCGGGUUCAAUUACUUAUCACAACCGCCGCCGCGUGCACUCUUUUUCACACGUAUUAACAACACAGACAGCAUACUUAGGCUUCGGGAAAUUGAGUGGUUUGCCGAACACACGUAAAACGACGACGCAGCUCUACAUAUCUGCUACCUGUUGCUGUGUGCUCUCUCUUACUAUUACUACACUUACUACCAACUGCAUUCGAAACUAACUGCAAUUUUGCCGCGUUCUUCUAUUCAUCAUUGCCAUUAUCAUCAUCGCCGUCAUCAUCAUCAACAUCUUUGUUGCUGUUAGUUGUUAUUGUUGUUGACAGUUGUUCUCGUCGACCGUGAUACGAACACGUGCUCGUCAAUUUUUUCUGUGCAGUGCUAUCAGACAAUUCAACCCCGCCGAACACGACCGAUAUUUCCCUCGUUGUCGAUGUUACGUUACUAGGCGAUUCGAUUUGUGUGCGAAAAAUGACUGACACUCCGGAAUUCGAGCCCAAAAUGGAAAUAAACGCUUCCAGCACUUCGACAGCGUCGCCCAGAACACCUCCCAAUUGCGCCCGGUGCCGGAACCAUCGUCUCAAGAUCGCCCUCAAAGGACAUAAAAGGUAUUGCAAAUACCGCGCCUGUAAGUGUGAAAAAUGUCGCUUGACCACCGAACGGCAAAGGGUUAUGGCAAUGCAGACCGCUCUCCGAAGGGCUCAAGCCCAAGACGAGGCUUUGAUGAGAUCCGGAAGUAAUCCCCAUCAUAUGUUGCCCGGUCCUGUCAAGAGUCCUUCUCCAGUACAAACUCACGAUCGCAGCAGCUUGGAUUGCGACUCGUCAGCUUCCUCACAGUGCUCCACAACCCCGGUUGUUAUCGAGAAAAUGAAUUCUAUUGAUCCUGCUAUUCCUACAACGACUACUGCUUCUAUUGGAUCUAUGGGUGCUGUUACCACCGUAAUCAAUAGUAAGGAAAUAGCUGGUUGCGAAUGUACUCGUACCUAUGCAUUACAAACUACUGACUUGCUGGAAGUCUGCCAGAAGUUAUUAGAACGAUUUAAAUAUCCCUGGGAAAUGAUGCCUCUUAUGUAUGCAAUUUUAAAGGACGCACGUGGUGAUUUAGAGGAAGCGUCACGGCGCAUAGACGAGGGGCGAGGAGCUGAAGUUCUGCUCGAAUUCUGUCAGAGGCUCAAGGACAAGUUCCAGUUUUCGUGGAAAAUGAUUUCACUCGUCGAUGUGGUUUUGAAGUAUGCAAGGGAUGAUCAGGUUGAAGCCCUUAGGCAAAUAGACGAAGCAUUCAUCGAGAUUCGAGCCCUUGCGGCGGUGAAGGCUGCUCGAUACACGUACAACCACAUUCCACUUAGUCACCUGACGGCGCAUUCGAGCCUGUACCCUAACCUUUAUCCGCCCAUUUAUUUGCCACCCUUAUCCGUAUACUCUGAGGGAGUAUUGAAUGGAGUACCGCCCGGUUCUCCGACAGAAUCACAUCCAGUACCACCAAGGCCAAGGAGUAGAGCGUAAAAGUAAGCUGAUAAUUUCGUCAUUAAUUC